AUGGGUGACCGGCCACUCACACAACUCUAUGCCGAAUCUUUCAAGGCUAAACGACCACUUUCUCCAACGCCCUCGCCAGUGCCCGUGCAUAAGGAAUUUCAAGGCCAAAGUAAUCACAAACUAACUAAGGAGGGAAAGCAGCGGGAGAAGCAAGAAAAAUCUAAGAAUGUCCUACUGCGCCGUGCACAAGACGUUCACCAGAGGAGCUCCCAAAGUGAGGGCUACGCAGCUCAAUCGCUUGUUGCCCGGAUAGGGUCACCCUGUGACACCUUGAACGAUCUUUUUACCUGUGAUCUUGCAGGUCCCGUAUCUAUCGCCAUCCAUGACAAGCACCCUUCAAAGGUAAUCGCCGUCCGAGGAUUCUCCAAGGAAAAAGCAGAUAUAUGGCUUCAGGUACUCCAGCAGACCCAACACCCCAACGUCAUCUGCCCUAGGGAAAUCUUCAAGGACCAUGGCACAACAUACUUUAUUGUUGAUGACCUGCCUCUGACGUUGGAACACCUGGUCGCCUGUGAUGUCUUCCCGUCCGAGCUUCAGCUGGCUUCUAUACUUGCCCAGGUACUUGAUGGACUCUCACACUUACAGGAGAAGGGCUUUGAACAUCAAUCCUUGACGUGCUCCAAUAUCCUGCUGGGGCAAAAUGGGGUCAUUCAAAUCGCCGCUUUAGAACACUGCGUCAAGCACCAGCCAAACCAAUCUCAGUCCCAAACUCUCCGAGCCUUGGCUGACAUUACAAUGUUUCUCAUGCAGAAGUAUCUGAAGCCUGACGGUGUGAUUGGCAUCGACGGAACACGUUGGCAGUCGGAUCCCAUAGAGUUCCUGUCAGCAACAGCAUCGGUCGCAACAAUCCAAGAUUUACAAAAGCGCCCCCUAAUUACCAAACACCACUGGUCUGCUGGGACAUUAAUCGGGCUUGCCCGACUCUGCCUCAUCACCACCCGCACGUUCAUAACGAAUCCAUGGGUGCAGAAAUGA